AUGGCUGAUUCGUUAAUAACUAAGGCAGAACAGCCUAGGAUAACGUUUUUGAGAAGAAUAACCGUGGGUGUACUUCUCAUAUUUGUGGUGUCGCUCGGCUUACCAUUGUACUUCUCAACCACUACUAUAUAUAGGGCAGAAUUGCCGAUAGAAGAGAUAUCGGAGCUAGCCUCUGGUCUUCAAGAUAAGUUACAUUUCAAGAUUCCAGUGUAUUUAGAUUUGGGAUUGGAAACAGAUCAAAUUAAUGGCUUACAGAACUCCUUCAAUUCUAAGUUGUACCUGGAGUACCCAGAGUUAUACAAUUUCUGGUCUUUGGGCUUUGCAAAGUAUCAAGGUGAUAUUGACUCCACGGUGGACUACAUAGUGAGGGGCCUGCAACAGCAGCAACAGCAAGGAGAAUCAGGUCAAAAGUACGUGGUUUCUCCUUAUAGCAAGGAGACCACCUUGUAUGCCCAGUAUAACCAAGACGAGUUGGUGUCUAUCUUGCUUGAAGGCAUCUUCCAUGAAGAAAUCACUUCAUUUGUAAAGUUGAUACGUAACACCUUGCAUGAAGACGGAACCCACGCCGUUGCGCUACCAUAUUCUUCCAAUUAUAACGUUGUCUUCUCACUUUUCAGUGAAUCUGGACAGCCAAUUGAUUGGGAGAUUGGCAAGGUUUCCAAGCUUUUCAAACCAAUUUUCCAGAAAUUAAACCAUAUUGCCAACUUUACAAUUAGCAGCCAGAUUCAAUAUUAUUCGUCGUUGACUAUUCAACCUACAUUUAACCAGGAAAAGUCAGUUUACGAAAUCAAGCAAGAAGAUUUAUCUACAUUCAUUAACUUUGGGGAUUGGAAUUUGAUCACACAUGAGAUUACUCCAACGAUAAACUUUAUAGUAUACUUUGGAGAGUCCAGUUACCGUGGAAAACAGUUGAAAAUUGCCCAGUCCAAGACGAAUUCAUUUUUAGUGCCACAGUGGGGAGGUGUUUACGUUUUCAAUAAGGAUAAGCCCAUCUUGAAAGACCACACUACCAAAAUUGUGGAAGCGGAGUUAUUACCUGUAAUGGAAACAUUUGUGCUGCAAUUGCUCCAGUUAAUUGGUAUGCCAUCCGCUCCAAAAUCACUUGCUGUCAGAAUUGACUCUUUGUCUAGAUUAACCACAUUCAAAAACUUGCGCCAAUCAUUGGAAAACUUAAUGUCUUUGGUAAAGUUGACUGAAGCAUUGAAUGAAAUUUCCAUUCCUGAGUUGACAAAGGAAUCAGUGGAGACUACCUUAACCAGUAUCAAAGAAUCGAUUACCCAAGUGAACGACUUUGGCGAAUUCGAACUUUCGGUAAAACAUUCCUCAACUAGCGUUGAGUAUAGUAACAGAGCAUUCUUUGAGAAAGAGAUGGUACAGCAGGCAUACUUCCCACAAGAACAUAAAUUGGCGGUAUUUUUACCUUUGAUUGGUCCUAUUCUGUCCAUUUUAUUUCUUGGAGUAAUUAAAACUGUGAAGGAUAUAAAGGGAGACAGAAAGAGAAAAGAAUAA